GAUCGUCCUAGCAGCACAGACUCAGGCCUGAGAGCUGACCAUGCCAGGGAACCAACUGCAGAGCUGGCUGAAUGCUGCAGUCUUUGGGCUCCUGCUUCUCCUCAUCCAUGUGCAGGGUCACGACUCACCAGAGGCCAGCCCCAUCAGAAACACACGUACAGGCCAGGUCCAAGGCAGCCUGGUUCACACGAAAGACACUAAAGCUGCCGUCCACACCUUCCUGGGAAUUCCCUUUGCCAAGCCUCCUGUAGGACCACUGCGCUUUGCACCUCCUGAGGACCCUGAGCCAUGGAGCGGUGUGAGAGACGGGACCGCACAGCCAGCCAUUUGUCCACAAAAUGUUACGAUGAAUAUGGAGGGCCUGAAGGAGAUGAGAUUGACCCUGCCACCUGUCUCUAUGUCUGAGGACUGCCUGUAUCUCAACAUCUACACACCAGCCCACGCCCACGAGGGCUCAAACCUGCCUGUGAUGGUGUGGAUCCACGGUGGUGCACUCACUGUGGGCAUGGCUUCCAUGUAUGAUGGGUCCACGCUGGCAGCCACUGAGGAUGUGGUGGUGGUCACUAUCCAGUACCGCCUGGGUGUCCUUGGCUUCUUCAGCACUGGAGAUGAGCACGCCAGGGGAAACUGGGGAUUCCUGGACCAAGUGGCUGCCCUCCGCUGGGUCCAGCAGAACAUCGUCCACUUUGGUGGCAACCCUGACCGGGUCACUAUUUUUGGCGAGUCAGCAGGAGGCAUAAGCGUGUCUUCUCAUGUCGUAUCCCCCAUGUCCAAAGGCCUCUUUCACAGAGCCAUCAUGGAGAGUGGAGUGGCGCUGCUGCCUGGAACUAUAUUUAGCUUCUCUGAGGUGGUUUACCAAAUGGUGGCCAAGCUCUCUGGAUGUGAGGCCACAGACUCAGAAGCCCUGGUGCACUGUCUGAGAGGCAAGAGUGAAGAGGAGAUUCUAGUCAUUAGCAAGAAGUUCCAGAUGAUCCCUGCUGUGGUGGAUGGAGAGUUCCUACCCAAACAUCCUCAGGAGCUGUUGGCCUCUGCAGAUUUUCACCCUGUCCCCAGCAUCAUUGGUGUCAACAAUGAUGAGUAUGGCUAUAUCGUCCCCAAAGUCAUAGGCUCUGCUCAGACAAUAAAAGGAAUAACCAGAGAGAACCUGCAGGCUGUUCUGAAGGAUACAGCACCACAAAUGAUGUUGCCUAUUGAGUGUAGUGAUCUGUUGAUGGAAGAGUACAUGGGGGACAUUGAGGACCCAGAAACCCUCCAAAUACAGUUCACUGACAUGAUGGAAGACUUCAUGUUUGUGAUCCCGUCUCUCCAAGUAGCACACUUUCAGCGUUCCCGUGGUCCUGUCUACUUCUAUGAAUUCCAACAUCAAUCCAGCUUCCGCAAGGACAUCAGGCCACCCCACGUGAAUGCUGACCAUGGGGAUGAGGUUCCUUUUGUUUUUGGUUCCUUCUUCUGGGGCAUGAAAUUCAACCUCACUGAAGAGGAAAAGCUGCUAAAUAAGAUGAUGAUGAAGUACUGGGCCAACUUUGCAAGGAAUGGGAACCCCAACAGUGAGGGUCUACCCUUCUGGCCUGUGUUUGACCAUGAUGAACAGUAUCUACAGCUGAACAUCCAGCCUGCUGUGGGACGAAUCCAGAAGGCCAGAAAGCUGCAGUUCUGGACCAAGACUCUGCCCCGGAAGAUCGAGGAGUUAAAGAGAUCUCAAAACAUGCACAAAGAGCUCUAGUGCCUUUUGUGAGGAAUGGUAUGUGAUGUCCAUUGCUGAUGGAGUCAGCUUCAAGUUCCUAAAACAUUCCAACAUUCACGUAAGCUCCAUGCUUGUCUGUUCUUCUCCAUUUAUCACAAAUACUCUGCAUGUGACUCUUUAUCCUGCUGGGUCAUCUUUUGUUAGACCCAUUCAAAAAGUGGUCUGCUGAACGAGUUAGACCACUCAAACUCCCCUCUCAGUGGAUUUGUGAGCCCCAGGAUUCCCCAUCUCCUUUCACACUCCACUAGGACUAGGGCCUUUCCUUUCUCCUUUCCUCACCUCUCAUCCUCACUGUCCUUGUCUCUAUGACCAAAACAGUCUUAAGUAAAGCUCUGGGGAACAUUGAUAUGGUUCUCCAAAUAGUCCAUAUCAUGGGAGUGGAUUAGGUCAGAAUCACAUCAGCUUCCUACUUUUGGAGACCAUAAAUUCCAAGAUUAAGAUACUAACAGGUUUGCUGCACAUGUUCUCUAGCCCAAAGAUGAUACCUGUGUUUUCACUGAGUGUAUGGGAUAGUUAACAAUCCUCAUGGCCCAGGCCUCCAAUAGGCCUAACUCUUUUUUUAUUGGAUAUUUUCUUUAUUUGCAUUUCAAAUGUUAUCCCCUUUCCCAGUACCCCCGCCCCAGACCCUCUAUCACUUCCCCCCUUCCCCUGCUAUGAGGGUGUUCCCCCACCCACCCCACCCACUCCCGCCUCCCCACCCUCACAUUCUCCUACACUAGGGCAUCAAGCCUUCUCAGGACCAAGGGCCUCUCCUCCCAUUGAUGCGCAACAAGGCCAUCCUCUGCUACAUAUGUGGCAGGAGCCGUGGGUCCCUCCAUGUGUACUUUGGUUGGUGUAGUCCCUGGGAGCUCUGAGGGGUCUGGUUGGCUGAUAUUGUUGUUCUUCCUAUGGGGUUGUCACAUUGGAGUUUUUCAAUAUAAAAAUAUGAUUGAUAGAUAUUUUCAAAACAGCACAUAGAGAUUCCCAACUUGAUCACCAGAUUUGAAAACAUCUAAAAGUGUCUCUAUCUACUGUAUUUGUAAAUUAAA